UUCUAGUAGUUUCCUUCCUACAUGAUGUGACUAAUACAAAAAGGGCCACGUGAGUCAUUCUCAGAAGUCUGUUUAAUACACGUUCCUUGAUGACCGCUCCCUUUUUGCACUCGCUGUCGAGCCCUUGGUCGCAACACAUCCUUUUCGAGAAACUUUCUCUUGUUAAGUUUAACACUUUCAACCGCUUUAAAAUGACGGGAUUAAGGUCGUUUCUUGGGGCGACCCUCACACUGGGAUUCUUAUGCACGGUUUGUGCCCAGAUGCCCCUCUUCUCGACAGAGACUGGCUACGAUUUGAUAUUCAGCCCCGCCGAGUCGGCCCAGCGUCAGCUUUCAUGGCUGAACUUAGCGAGGCAGAACGGGGUGGACGCACCGGAGGGUGUGGAGAACUGCUCACCAAUCGGGUCAUACAUGGUGAUCCGAGAGGGGACAACGUUCCCAAGUGAGGCUGAGACCAUGUCGCUGAAUUCCCUACAGCAGAGGAUGCGAUCGCAGCCCAUCAACUCAGCCCUCAGGUAUCUCAACCAAGUACCCGAUAGCAGGCUGCCGAUGAACAUGGCGGGAAAGCUGUCCGAGGCGGGGCGACAAGAGAUGAAGAUGAUCGCCAUGCGACUCAAGUCCCGCUUCACUGAGCUCUUCUCAGGACCAGACAUUGAUCUAUCCCUGUUCAACUUCCAGUCCAUGAACACCAAUGCUAGCAUCGAGAGUGCCGUGGCGUUCGUCCAAGGACUCGUUGGCGAGAACCAGAUCUGUGAGACCAUAUCGAUGGAGAAGAACGUCACGGUCAACUGCCAGGAGAACCCCAGGACGACCCGCUUCCCGACACCCACCUCGGCGUAUAUCCCCAACCAACCGAUCUUCAUGGACCCCCUUCUCCGACCCUAUUUCACCAGAAGGAACUGUCUGAAUGUUGCCAACAAAGGGAGAACGAACAGGGAGGUACGAGCUUUCCAGAUGGGCCGCGAGAUGGAACAACUGAAACAGAAGAUUGUCACCAAGUUCACACCCCCUCAGGCUCAACCGUGGAACAUCACCCAAAGCGAGGUUCAACUCCUGUCCAAGAUCUGCGGGUUCCACAACGCCCUGUUCAAGGACAACAGCACUUGGUGUCAACUCUUCGCGUACGAGGAUCUCAAUGUGGCCGAGUACGAACGAGAACUUCAGCACUACUGGGACGAAUCAUACGGAUUCCCGGUCAAUUCGCGGGUAGCCUGUCCGCUGAUCAACGACACCUUCGAGUAUUUGGAGCGAUUCACCGCAAGAAGUCCCAGCCCCAUUCUCCCCGUGAUGAGCAUCAAGUUCGCCGAUGAGAACACUCUCCUGCGGCUCAUUAGUCUCCUGGGUAUCAAAAGAGACCAACAACAGCUCGCGGCCAACAACUACGCACGCAACCGCAACCGUGAAUUCCGCUCAGCAAAAAUGGCGCCAUUUGCCGGCAACCUCGCCAUCAACCUCUUCCGUUGCCAGGAGACCGGCGGCAUCUUCUUCUCCGAUCAGACCUACAGGGUGAACGUGAUGCUGAACGAACGUCCGAUCAACGUCACCUACUGCCCGAACGGUCUGUGUGACAUCAACGUCUUCAAGAAUGGGUUCAUGAAGCAGGCUGGACAGUGCAUGGUCGACAAGGAGUGUCACAGAGCUAUGGGGCUUGGACCAACUGGUGGGGGAGGAAAUGGCGGUGGAAAGAGAGGAGCUGCUUCGAGCUUUGCCCAAUCACCGCCCAAUGUCUUCUUUGUUUUGGCCGCAAUAGUUACGGCAAAGAUUGGCUAUGGUGGAUUAUAGAGGGCGCUUCUUAUUCUGUUAGUCGUUUCCGCCAGUCAGUUUCAGCAACAACCAAUUCAGUUUCAUUAACACCACGUGUUCAAUAUUCAGCAUGUUUCUCUGAGCACUCAAAUUAGGGUGUAUGUUUAGUUACUACUGCAUUCAAUUUAGUUGUCAUGCACACACGAUUUUGAUCCUCCUUUUAAACAUUCAUUUCUAGGGAAGUUGUUCCCCGGAGAUUUUGUCACCCCCAUCCCCCCCCCCCCCCCCAAAAAAAAAAAA